UUGGAAGGGCAUAACUUUUUUUCUAUUAUAGAUAGAAAGCUAAAAUUUUCACUGAAAUUUACUCAAUAAAGGGACCACAAUUCCUGAAAAUUUCAGCUCAUUUAUUUUGUAGUUAUAGUUCCUGAGAUAAAAACGUGUGUUAAGCAAUUAUUCAUAUGAAUAGGUUCUAGGAACAAAAUAAUUACUGCCUCUCCAAGCACGUGGCCAAUACAAUCCAGCCGUCGAGGUCGUAAUAGACGUCGGCAUAUCGAUCCAGAGUCCAGGAUAAAAGGGCGAUCCCAUAGCAAUCCAUACGUCGUAGUUCGUAGUAGUUAUACAAUACACUCCGUCUGAAUCGAUUGGAAUUACAGCUUUUCAGACAUUUCCUUUGUCUUGUGUGUUUUUUCUUUCUAUGUUUUGCUGUAUUUAAUUCGAGCAGAUGUUGUUCAUAAUGCGCCUAGUCCUCUCAAUCAACUGGUGCUCCUAUAAACAUUUGUCCGCGUCUAGCUAUCAUUAUCAGACUGAGUGUAAUAAUAAAAAUAUUAAAUACAAAAGUGCAAUUAAUUUUUAAAGGGGCAGACAUUUCUCGAUUGAAUUUCAGUGAAGUGUAAAGUGACGCCAAGUUCGGAUUUUCCAAAAAUAUAUCUCCGGGGUAAAGCUACGUCACCGGUUUUGGUGGGGCGUACUUAGGUAGUUUAUAGGCCAACGCAUACCAGCUAGAAUUUAGUACAGAGUACUUGUUUAGUUCCAACCAAACAGAACUAUAACUAGGAAAGAAGUAGAAGAGGAAGCGAAAGUUUUUGUUAUUCUAUUCUUUGUUUGCAGUUGCGAUUAUUGUAUGGAGCGUGAAAAACCGUUAAUUAGCACACUGCAAUCAAUUUGCAGUAGCAUCGGAUCAGGAUCAUCCUCUGAGCAGCAUGACUCCUGCACAUCUGCAUUUUCUCUGGGUCUCAAAAAUGAACGCAGUGGCCCUCAGCUUGACGACCAAGUCAUCGAGCGCGCCUCAGAAUCUCCAACAGUGGGCCGCUGGGGCUGCGAAUGGCCGAGCUGACUCGAAACAGCCGAAAGCUGUGGUCCAACUCGAGCCCUCCUAGGGUUAACUAGUACCUCCCUCAAGGGAGUAAAUAAUCCGGAUUUUUGCCAUGCUACAGCUUGCUUCGAACACUCAAACAUCGAGUACGACCAGAUCCACGGUUACUGGCCGCCGGCACAUCCUUUACCUUUGCCCAGAUGGGCUGCGGAACCUUUAAAACCUUACAAGUUUAAAAAUAUCAGAGAAUAUGAAGUCCUGGCUGGCAAAAUCGAAAUGGAACUACAAAAGCUAUUGGAGGAGCAUAAUUACGACACAGUCGGCAAUUUCCUGGAGUUGUACCAACAUUUUAAGAACAGUAAAAUGAGGAGUGCAAUUGAGUUCUUCCAUAAAUACACACCAAAAAUAACAUCUGAACAUCAUACAUGUGUGGGCCUCGCACUAGAACUACGUCAUCGCUUACAACAAUUCAAAAAAUCUUACCCCAACAUCGAAAGCCAUCUAUGUAUAGUAUCCUGUGAAGAAAAUAUUGAUUCUGUAGAUGGGUAUACAGCUUUGAGGGAUACUUUUGACACCAUGCCUUCUACUUUGGAAAAGGAGCAUUGCCUGAUGUGCUUGAAAUUUGAAAUUAAAGGCAGAAGUGGGGUGCUAUUGUGCGAUCCUGGCUACCAUGUGGCUAGGGUUGUUACUGUUAUGACAGAUAAAGCGUAUCCUCAUACAAGUUGGUUUACCCAAUCUGAAGAAAACAAUAUUCAUAAAGAAUAUUGUUAUUCAUUUUGUACGGUUAAAAGUACUUUUGUUCAAUGGGAUGAAAGAACUACUAAAAACGACAAGCAAGAAGGUUUUACUGGAAUUAUUUAUGUUGAAAGGCCUUACCUCACUGCCGUAGAUGUAACAGAGAGAAGAAAUCUUAUUUAUCCAUUCAGGAGUUUGUUAUCCAGAGACCAAAAGGGCCACCUUAUUGCGGGUGUCUAUUUCAAAAUAAAACUGAAAAAUGACGAGUUUACAGUGUUCUACCAAGAUAUGGGCAAGCAACGGGUGAAAAUGAACUUUUCAUCACUAUUACAAACAGAAAUCAACGAAGACAUGUUGAAAAAACUGACAAUUGCCAAUGACCAGAUGCGCUUGCAAAAAGGAAAACUUUUAAGUACCCUGCAACAAUGUGGAGAGCUUCUCAAGGACGAGCAUUAUUUGAAGGAGACUCUUGCUAUUGAAAAUCUCAUUAGUGUUAUGUCGGAAAACAACUAAAAUUUGCUUAAUUAUUGUUUUGAAGAAUCACAAAUUUAGCAUAAUUUUCCUAGAAAUUUGUGGUGGAAUUCAGUUGUCACUAUAAUAAUAUACCUACACUUAGAUAAUUAUUAUUUCUAAUAAAAGCUUUUAUUUUUCUUCUUCAUUAUAUUAUGUAUUCUCAUAAUUAAGAUUAAGGUAUUAGGUACUGGGUGUCAAGUUAUAAAGUACCACCACCUGUAACUUUUUUAUUUCUGAUUGUACACAAAAAAGUUACUGGUGGUGGUACUUUAUAACUUGACACCCAGUACAUACCCUAAUUACCCUACGUCUAGUUUUUUGUGUUGUCUAUGGAAUUAUAUGAUUAUGCUGUUAGGUUUAUUUAUGAUGAGUUAUACUAGAAAUCAAAUUCAAAAAAAAUUGCUUCUUAGAUUUAACUUUUGAAUAUUUUUGUUGCAUUAUCUUAUACCUAAAUAUAAAAAUUUAGUCGAA